CAACAGACUAAAUAGAAAAUGUCAGCUCUUGGUAAUUCUGCUAACUGGCAUAGUGAUGAACGUCGAAGAGUCAAUGACGAGAUUGUCGUGUAUAAGAAAAAACACGAAGAACUGGCCCGUCGAAUAAAACAAGUCGAGGAGUUGCUCAACAAUCGGGGCAAUCAGCUAAACGUCAUGAAAAAACGUUGUGAGGAGACGAGACUAGCACUGACAGAACUAGAGUCAAACGAAAGACGAAUCGCCGCUAUUCACGAGCUAGAAAAGUUGCGUUAUUCCAAAAUUCAGCAGGCUGUCACUGACCACAAGGCAUCCAUUUCAAGGGCGACCAAAAAGAACGUGUGCAGUUCUGUAGACCCAUCCAGCAACGGUAGUAUUUUGAAUAUUUUGGCGUCACCAGAUCAAUCAUCGUAUACUCGCUGCAGCGGCGAAUGUCAGUUGGAUGAAAAAGAAAAACGCUUAAGCGUUAUGGAGCGAUCAUUACUUAAACGAGAACAGGAGUUAGUAAUCAGAAGAAACCAUAAUGCAGCGCGGGUUGUGCGAUUGAGAAAAUUGCUACAUUCUCACGAAGCUAAACGUGCCUUAUGCAAGGAACAGUUGAGUGCUCUUAAAGCAAAAGCCAACCGACGUUACUAAUGCGGGCGUCUAUUCGCUGUUGUUUCCUUGAACAAGCGCCACGUAAGAAAAUAGAAGAAUUCGGUAAAUGUCAACAAACUACAGCCCAAGAAAAAUCCUCCCAGACCACCUAUAUA